UACAUUUCUAUAAUUAGUUAGAUUGGCCCCCUUUCUUCAAUCAUUAAGUAUGAUUGGUGUUAAUGUGACAAACCUAACUGCAUUCAUUUUCAAUCCCAUUCAACCAACUUGGGUGUGUAAUAUUUCGAGUUGAACUUGGGUCCCAGCAGAAAUGAUUCAUCCGAAGGUAACUCGGCCACUGUGAUGAUUACAUUUUUCGUUUCUAUAUCGUGGGACCGCUCCAAGUAGGGUAUUUUGGAUCCACCUGAUAGAGUAAACCCAUAGGGUCUUUUGGAUCUACUUGACAGAGUAAACCCUUGAAUCUGUGCAUUACAUCUUAAUGAUUCAUCCUAAGGUCACUUUGUUUAUUACAUUUUUUUUUUAUAUCAUGGGGACCACUUCAAGGGAGGGUCUUUGGAUCCAUCCCAACAGAGUAAACCCCUGAAUUCGUGCAUCGCAAUUUUGAAUUUUUUUUUGACACGGGAUCUGGGUAUUUUGUUGAUAUUUUAUCAAGAAGUAUGCUCCAAAGUAUUGACCAGAGAUUUUGAACCUAGGAUGUAAGGAUUUCAGGUAAUGCCAUCAAUCAACUCAGCCAACCCUUUUGGGGGUUCACCCUUGUGAUUACAUGUUUGUCGGUUUGACAAGUGACCAUGAUCUUCGAGAAAACAACACAGUAUAAUCUGUGCCAUUAGACAUUGAAAGUCAACAUUAAAGGUGACGCAACAAAUGUCAGAUUGAGUGAGAGAUUUGGAUGAAAAUGGAGUGUUUGUUCACUGCUUUACUCAAACUUUUGAUGUUUAGUGAAAGAAAACGUAAAGAUAGAUAGCAAUUUAGUAUGUGCAUUGUUUGAGUAUUAGUACCCAAAUUUGAAGAAGGGAAGCAAUGAAAGAGAGAGGCAAAGCGGUGGAGAUGUACAACAGAGACGACUUUUUCUCGGAGUAUAGUUCAUCGUCAGCUCUUCAAUGCCAGAAUCACCCACAAUGGUCGUCCGUGGGUUUAUGCGCUUACUGUCUCGAGGAUCGCUUGAUGCAGCUUCUCUGCUCAAAUUGUGAAGAGCAGCAUCGGUCGUGCUCCUCCAAUCGCAAUUCCAACGCUGUUGAGGUAGGCAGUGUUGGUCGCAUGUCGUUUCUUAUAGAAAAUGAACAACAAGAUCAACCAAACUCGAAACCCAAAAUUGGUACCGAUAACAAAACAAAUGAGCUUUUCUUGUUCAAGAGGAGCAGUAGUAGCUGUGCAGAGAUCAAGAGAAAAGGAAAGUUUUGGAGGAUUGAGAGCUGGUUUGGGAAGAAAAGAGAGAAGAAUUGUGAGAGGAAUAGCGUUGGAGGAGGGAUUGAUGAGAAAAGGGACUUGUGGAUUGUUGAUUGCAUGGGUGUUUCAAGGUCAAGGUCACUGUGCAGUUUCAGGGGAGGUGGGUUUCAUGGUUCAGCAGAUGGAGGUGACAUGAUGUCAUUCUCCGGUGCUCGGAGCUCCAUCUCGGCUGCUCGGAGAAGUGGGUUCAGUGAAGUAGAGCCAAGAAGAAGCGGAUAUGAUAGUGAAAGGAGAGACAGUACUAGUCUUAAUGGAGCAACCAGGCGUAUAUUUUCACUCAAAGAAGGGAAUUUCAUAAGCGUAGAUGGUUCAGGCUUCAUUGACUUGAAAUUUGAUCUCCCGUCAGAAGGAAAAACAGGGUUCUCUGCUUUGAAGCAGAGUGUUCAAUUAGAUACAGACUCUGCUUUUGGUAGCAUGAGAGAAGAUGUCAUUGGUAGGGAAGGUGAUUUGAUUAGAGGGAUCAAGAACAGCAGGAAAAGUUACAAGAGUUGGAGAUGGAUUUUCACUCGGGCACCAUCCAAGUGCAAGUAAAAAAGAUAAAAGAUUUUGUGGUCAAGCCCUGUGAAA